UCAAUGUUUGCUUGCCAUUUGUAUGUUGUCUUUGAUGAGGUAUCUAUUCAGAUCUUUGGUACAUUUUAAAAUUGGGUUGUUUGACUUCUUUCUCUUUUUCGCCACCAUCCUGCUGUGUGCCACUCACUGUUACUGACCAUGUCUUCUCACAAGACUUUCAGGAUCAAGCAAUUCCUGGCCAAGAAACAAAAGCAGAAUCAUCAAAUUCCCCAGUGGAUUUGGAUGAAAUCUGGUAAUAAAAUCAGGUACAACUCCAAGAGGAGGCACUGGAGGAGAACAAGGCUGGGUCUCUAAGGCGUCCCACAUCAUGAGAUGACACACCUAAUCGGCACCACGUAAUUAAUUAAUUAAUUAAUUAAGCUCCUUGAAGAUCAUGUGUUCUAUUCUGCCACCCUGUAAACACCUUUCUACCUGGCCAAUAGAUAACCUUUGAUCAGGGAAAUGAUUUUUCUGUUACUAUACCUCUGCAUCAGUGGGUUGGCUUGAUAAUAAAUGUGAGGUCUUU